AACAUUACAAUGGGUUGUGGGUCGUCAGGUCAGGUUAUAUCAAGUCAAGAUACGGACAAGAAUAGGGAAGGUAAUAGCAACGGCAAACACGUCAACAAUGGUCACCAUGACAACGAACUGCCGACUGUAGUGCUGCCCGACACGCCUGUUAAACCGAAACCUCCGGUAGCUUACGAGAUCCCUCUAGAAGAGUUCACUGAUGGUCGGCCAGCCGCUUCCCCACCACCGCAUCUGCAGCGUCUCCUGCAGCCCCCCAGCGCAGACAUCUCUCUACCACGCAUUGAGGAGAAGCUCGCAGAAGCGGAGCAGAGAAGAUUAACGAUACUUCAACAGCGAGCAAAUUCGGCACAAAAACGUAUCCAGAAGACAAUGCGAUCAAUGCCCGAUAGUGGCAACUUAGAUAUGAUACAGAACACAGAAGGAAAGCACGGACCGAACACCCUGCCUAUUCCUCCUGAACCCGGGGUCUGCGAAGACAAGAAUAUAUGA